UAGGCGAGAUCUGUUCUCAAAGCUUCACGGGAUUUGUAGUUUUUUGUCCGUGUUUUCUUCUCGGGCAUGCGAUGGCGGCGGCGGCGGCGGCGGCGGCAAGCCAAUGUUUUUUUCAAGGUGCCUUUGGCUUUUAAGACGCUCUCUCAGAGAAAUACAACACAGUAGAGUAGGGAUUCCAACUCAAGAGAUACAGUAUUUUCAUAAUUUUCCGAUGAAGUAUAUCCUGGUAACUGGUGGUGUCAUUUCGGGUAUUGGCAAAGGAAUUAUUGCAAGCAGCAUAGGUACCAUCCUGAAAUCAUGUGGCCUCCGAGUAACUGCAAUCAAAAUAGAUCCCUACAUUAACAUUGAUGCUGGCACGUUCUCACCAUAUGAACAUGGUGAAGUUUUUGUACUAAACGAUGGUGGAGAAGUUGAUCUAGACUUGGGAAACUAUGAAAGAUUCUUAGAUAUUAGCCUUUACAAGGACAACAACAUCACCACUGGAAAGAUUUACCAGCAUGUCAUCAAUAAAGAAAGGCAUGGAGAUUACUUGGGAAAAACUGUUCAAGUUGUACCUCAUAUUACUGAUGCUGUUCAAGAAUGGGUAAUGAAUCAGGCAAAAGUUCCUGUGGAUGAUGAUAAGAAAGAACCACAGAUAUGUGUAAUUGAAUUGGGUGGAACUAUUGGAGAUAUUGAGGGAAUGCCCUUUGUAGAAGCUUUUCGACAAUUUCAAUUUAAAGCCAAAAGAGAGAACUUUUGCAAUAUCCAUGUCAGCUUAGUACCACAGCCUAAUGCUACUGGUGAACAGAAAACAAAGCCUACUCAAAACAGUGUCCGUGCUUUAAGGGGACUUGGUCUUUCUCCUGAUUUGAUAGUCUGUAGAAGCACUAAACCUAUAGAAAUGGCUGUAAAAGAAAAAAUUUCAAUGUUUUGUCAUGUAGAACCUGAGCAGGUAAUAUUCAUCCAUGACGUUUCUUCCACUUACCGAGUGCCAAUCCUUUUGGAAGAACAAGGCAUAAUUAAAUACUUUAAAGAGAGGCUAAGCCUACCAAUUGACGAUCAACCAAGUCACCUUCUUUUCAAAUGGAAAAAAAUUGCAGAUAGGUAUGAGAGGAUGCUAAACAGCUGUUCUGUUGCUCUAGUUGGGAAGUAUACAAAACUGAGUGAUUGCUACACCUCUAUUUUCAAGGCAUUAGAGCAUUCAGCUAUAGCAAUUAAUCACAAGCUUGAUCUAAUGUAUAUAGAUUCAGCAGACCUCGAGCCUGCUAUGGAGGCUGAGAAUCCAGUGAGAUUCCAUCAGGCCUGGCAGAAGCUAUGUAAAGCAGAUUGCAUCUUAGUACCUGGAGGCUUUGGCCAUAGGGGAACUGAAGGAAAACUUCAAGCCAUUUCAUGGGCAAGAAAAAAGAAAAAGCCUUUUCUUGGAAUUUGUUUGGGAAUGCAGUUGGCAGUAGUGGAAUUUGCAAGGAACUGUCUAAACUGGCAAGAUGCAAACUCAACAGAAUUUGAUCCCAAUACAAAGAAUCCUGUUGUCAUUGAUAUGCCUGAACAUAAUCCUGGUGACAUGGGAGGAACAAUGAGACUAGGGAAAAGAAAAACUAUCUUUAAGACAAAAGACUCUUUGUUAAGGAAACUUUAUGGUAAUGAAGCUUUUGUGGAAGAACGACAUAGGCAUCGCUAUGAGGUAAAUCCUGAAUUGAUUCACUUCUUUGAAGAUAAAGGCUUGAAGUUUGUUGGGCAUGACACAGAAGGAAAGAGAAUGGAGAUCAUUGAACUGGAUGAUCACCCAUAUUUCAUCGGUGUUCAGUUUCAUCCUGAGUUCUCUUCCAGACCUAUGAAGCCUUCACCUGCAUACCUUGGCCUUUUACUUGCUGCAACAGGAUCACUCAGCACAUACUUGCAACAUGGAUAUAAAUUGUCUCCUAGUGACAGUUAUAGUGACAUGAGUGAAGAGAAUUUUCCAGGAAAAGAAACAAGCGUAACAUGUUCAGGAGUGCAAGAAAAGCAUAGAGAAGACAGGACAAACUUUUUUUUAUGGGCCAACUAUAGAAAUAUUAAUUGCACAUGCAGAGGAAGAGUUGCAUAAUCAUCAUUUUUAAACCUUCUUCUCUUUUUGGCAAGAUAAAAAAACAAGCAGAAGAAAAAAGCAUAAUUGAAAAGGCCAUUCCAAAGAAGAAAAACUGAUUAAGUUGGAGAAGAUAUGCAGCUGCCUCCUAUUGAAGGUCCCCAUGUUCUUCAGAAUGUUUCUGCUGCCUCAAUGGAAAACCGGUUCCAUUUCAACAUUAUCACUCUCUCUAAACUGCAUAAAGUCCACCUCAUGCUGCCUCACCAUUUCAAGUGAAUUUGUUAGCUUUGUGCUAGUAUUUGGUGGUAAGGAGAGUGUCAGAAUUCUAUAUUUCUGGAUUAUUUAAAACAUGUCUUUCAGCCUAUUUUUUAUGCUACAGUUAGAAGGACAUUUGAUGCACUAUAACUUUUUUCUUAAGUAAUGCUUAUUAUAUAUAUAUAUCAUUAUGUGCACAUUUCUGUAAAUAUUUCUACCUAGACAGAGUUAAUGUUGAUUGGGAUAAUGAUACAGGGAUCCAAGAUAAUGAGCUGACAAAGAAAGUUUGGCUUAAGAACCAGUCUUCUCUACAAAUUCAGCUUCAGUCCUCUUAUAUGUGCAGGGAGUAAUGAGAAAUAAAAAUAAAUAUAAAUCUGUCUAGUCUGUUUACUUGGCCUUCUUGUUUCAUACUUACCCAGACUGCUGUAAGUUUGAAAAAGAGUCUGCCUUUUCUAUGGACAAGAUAAGCCAACCUAUAACGUAACCCUGUAUUUCAUUUCUUAGUUUUUGAUCACUUUCCUUUUUCAGUGGAGAAAAAAAUCCUUUCUUUUUAAAAAUCUAAAUGGCUGGAAGGAAAAGCAAUGACUUUUUUUGAGGAUGAGAAAUAUGUAAGAAGCUUUGAAUAAAAAUAAAUAAAGAUAA